UCUCAAUUCUCCUAUCUCUCUCUCUGUCCGUCUCUCUCUUUGUCUCUAUAGUUCAUUACAAAUCCAAACACUUCUUCUUCUUCUUCUUCUUCUUCUUCUUUUUCUCCUUCUUCACAAAACAGAUCGCUCUGUUCUCAGAUUUAAAAACAGAGCACUCUGUUUCUGUCUCACAUGGCUGCAAUUGUGUGCCACGGUUUGCAGUCAUGCUUGGAAUCUCAGCUCGUUGAAUCAAGAGCUCUAACUCUGAGUUUCCCUUUCUCAAAACCUAACACUCCUCCUCCACAAAGUCCCAUUGAUUUACCCAUCAAAAAAAAUUCCUGGGAUUCAACCGCCAAAACCCAGGAAAGGCACGACAACAAAACUGACACCACCACAGGCUGGAGCUUUCUUCAAGCUCUGUCCAAUGUCUCGUAUGUCUCCAAGGAAUCAUCCACAGACAAAGAAAGCGUCUACGUUCAUCCUCAGGCGAAGCGAUCUUCGACUUCGAUGAGUCAGAAGAGUCUGGAACUGUGUACGGAGAAGUUAGGGAACGAAACGGGAAGUGACAUUGUUGAGAAUAAUGGUCAUCAGAUGGAUUUGCUGUGUUCAUCGCCGACAACAAGGAAGCAAGCGAUUCCACGUCAGGGUUGUUUAGGAGAAAGGAAAACGAGAACCCAGAAUUUUCCUCCUCCAUUGACGACCAUGAGAGGAUCUGAAUCUCUACAAUUAAGAACACACCGUGAAGAUGGAAGACUGGUAGUGCAGGCAAUCAGGGUCCCACCAAGUCCUUCAUGUUUUCAAGCAGAAAGAAGCCAUGGCCGCCUUCGGCUCUGGUUUUUGAAAAAUCACAGCAAGGUUGACCCAGAAGAGAUGCAAGCGAGCAAUGAUGAUGAAGGGGUUGAAGAAGAACGUGAAAGCGAAAGCGCAGAUAGCGAAAGAACAAAACAAGAGGAGGAUGAGGACAAAGAAGAAGAAGAAACAGAGGAGGAGGAAGAAGGUACAAGGAAAGAGUAUGAGAGGCCAAGGCGGUGCAAGGAAGGAGACGAACAAGAAAAUAUUGAUUUGUUAAAUAACUGGGGAGAGCCUCUUUGGGUGGCUAUUUCUUAAUCCUUUUCUUGUUUUUAAUCUCUCCUGAGAAUUUUCUUGGCUAUCUGACUCAAUCGAGCAUUGUCUCUUAAAAUA